UCACAAUUGAAAAUAUCAAUAUUUAGGGUUAGUGCCGAUAAUCCUAAAUUCAAACCUUACAAGUUCGAUUAAGUAUCUGACCAUUCCAAAAUGACGCAAGAAAACAUAUUUCUCUUCGUGCCAAAUAUCAUAGGAUAUGCAAGAAUCAUUUUGGCGAUAAUUUCCUUCUACUUCAUGCCAACGAAUUAUAUUGUGGCAUGUACUUGUUACGUGGUGUCUGCUUUAUUGGAUGCUUUCGAUGGUCACGCUGCUAGAUACUACAAUCAGAGCACUAAGUUCGGUGGUAUGCUCGAUCAGCUCACGGAUCGUUGCGGUACAAUGGGAUUAGUGGCUGUACUUGCCCAUUUUUAUCCAAAGUACAUGUUUCUAUUCCUGCUUUCCAUGUGCAUCGAUGUGGCCUGUCACUGGAUAUUUUUGCACACUUCGAUUUUGCAAGGAAAAACCAGUCAUAAAUUUGUCGAUAUGUCGGAAAAUCCAAUUAUGAGCCUUUACUAUACCAAUAAAACUGUUCUUUUUAUGAUGUGUGCGGGAAACGAGGCUUUCUAUGCCUCUCUCUACUUGUUGCAUUUUACCGAAGGGCCUAUAAUUGCAGGUUUGGGGCUUUUUAGAAUCGUCUUGUUCCUCUCUGCUCCAAUUUGUUUGAUGAAAACGGCUAUAUCUAUUCUCCAUUGCAUUGUGGCAUCAAGGAAUCUUUCAAUUAUAGAUUUGAACGAGAGAAAGAACGCUGCAAAGAAGGCGCAUUAACUUUGUAUUUCUGAAACUAUUAAAAUGAUAAAUGUACUUCCCUUAGUUGUAGAAUAACAGUAUAAAAUGUUUUCCAAAUAUGUAUGUUGUAUAAUAUAUGUACUGUUUUAAUCAAUUACAAUUAAUAUUUUCAAUUCCAAAAUAUGUUCUAGUCAUAGGCUCUUCUUAAAUUUUUUAUAUUUUGUUUAUUUUAAAUUGUAUUGUGUAUUCAUAAUAAAGUUGUUGUAAUUUUAGUACGAAUUAUAAUAAUAAAUCUCC